AUGGCUCACCGUGAUGAAGAAGGAUCUAUUGGGACCUCCAUGCAUGGGGUCACCGCGAAGGAACAUGUUUUCUCUUUCUCUGUCCAAGGCGAAGAUGGCCUGUCUUCCCAUAGCGUCCAGUCUGAUGAUCCAACGGCUGAGUUUGCCUUGCCGGUCGACUCAGAACAUAAAGCAAAAGUGUUCAAACCAUUGUCAUUUGCGAAACCACACAUGAGAGCUUUCCACUUAGGAUGGAUCUCUUUCUUCACUUGCUUUAUCUCCACGUUUGCCGCCGCACCUCUCGUUCCCAUCAUCAGAGACAACCUCGAUUUGACCAAAACUGAUAUAGGAAACGCAGGAGUCGCCUCCGUUUCCGGUGCCAUUUUUUCAAGGCUUGCUAUAGGAGCUGUUUGUGACUUGCUCGGGGCUAGGUACGGAACGGCGUUUCUCCUAAUGCUGUCAGCUCCAGCAGUGUUCAGCAUGUCUUUUGUAGCUGACGCUGGGGGCUACUUAUCCGUCCGGUUCAUGAUCGGUUUUUGUCUAGCCACCUUCGUGUCAUGUUCAUACUGGACCAGUGUGAUGUUCACUGGAAAGAUCAUUGGACUCGUCAACGGAUGUGCCGGUGGUUGGGGAGACAUGGGAGGAGGCGUGACUCAGUUACUCAUGCCGAUGGUCUUCCACGUCAUCAAAGUCGCUGGAGCCACUCCCUUCACGGCAUGGAGGAUUGCGUUCUUCGUCCCUGGCUUUCUUCAGGUCAUCAUUGGGAUUCUUGUGCUCACUCUUGGACAAGAUCUUCCUGAUGGGAACUUAAGUACUCUGCAGAAGAAAGGAGACGUUUCCAAAGACAAAUUAACCAAGGUGUUUUGGUAUGCUCUGAGGAACUACAGAACAUAUGUCUUGUUCAUUCUCUAUGGAUUUUCCAUGGGAAUAGAAAUGACCAUCAACAAUGUUAUCUCAGAAUAUUUUUUCGACAGGUUUCAACUUAAACUCCAUACAGCCGGUAUGAUAGCAGCCAGCUUUGGUAUGUCUAAUUUCUUCGCUCGUCCUAUUGGUGGCUUCGCAUCUGACAUGUCAGCUAGGUUUUUCGGUAUGAGAGGGAGGUUAUGGACCCUUUGGAUCUUACAAACUUCUGGUGGUCUUUUCUGUGUUUGGCUCGGCCGUGCUACUUCACUCCCCAUAGCAAUUUUAUCCAUGAUGCUUUUCUCCUUCGGGGUGCAAGCUGCUUGUGGGGCCAUCUUCGGCAUCGUUCCUUUUGUCUCGCGCCGCUCUCUAGGGAUAAUAUCAGGACUGACCGGCGCAGGAGGAAACUUUGGGUCGGGUCUAACUCAACUGGCCUUUUUCUCUUCAUCAAGAUUCCAUACUGCCGAUGGUUUGUCGCUGAUAGGAGUUACAGCGAUGAUUUUUACGCUUUUGGUUGCGUUUAUACAUUUUCCACAGUGGGGAAGUAUGUUUUUGGGACCAACAAGUGACGGUAGACAAUCAAAGGAAGAGCAUUAUUAUGCGGCGGAGUGGACUGAGGCAGAGAAGCUGCAAGGAUUGCAUGAAGGCAGCCUUAAGUUCGCAGAGAAUAGUAGAUCUGAAAGAGGCAAAAAGGCAGCUACGGACGGCGCCUCCACACCGCUAGAAAAUGAUAAUCCGGCUGAUGUUUAGUCAUGAAAUAUUGUUUUCAUCUACUACAUGUACACACGUACACAUAAAAUAAAGUGUUCUAUAUUAA